UCACUGCUUCACUGUAUCAACUCUAGGCUCAGUGUAAGGACUAAGGAGUAGCCCCUAUAAGCUGGUCUGUCUGUCCUCUCCAUGGCAGAUAAUGGAUCUGUGUGGAGUAAUGACAGUGGUUCUGGUGACGAGGAGACUGGGGUCGGCAGUGUGGAGCUGGUCCUGGUUCUAGUGAUGGAUGUCCUGAUCCUGGUGCUGGGUGUGACGGGGCACUCCCUGGUGAUGGUCAUCCUGUGUGGUCGUCGUAGAAGAAGGGCAGGUCCGAGGGGUCAACACAACCAGGGGAACAUGACAGGGACAGGGACAGACACCCUCCUGCUGGCCCUGAGUGCGGCCGACCUUCUCCUCCUCUCCAUGCUGCCCUUCCACACCGUCGCCAUAGCGAUGCAGCACUGGCCCUUCGGGGACUUCCUGUGUCGGCUGGUGAGCUUCCUGGGCGCCGCCUGCUCCUCGGCUAGUGCCUUCACGCUGGCCGCCCUGGCCGUAACGCGGUAUCUGACCGUGGUGGAGCCAACCCAGGCCUACCGCCUUCUUACUCCUCGCCGCGUGGCGCUGACCUCCGCUGCUCUCUGGCUUCCCGCUUGUGCCCUGGCUGCCCCACAGCUGGCCUUCCGCUCUGUGGGUGCCCGGCGCAUCGCCCCCGACAGCCUGGCCUGCUUCAACUUCCUGUCGCACAACGGCCAGCUGGCCUAUGGAGCCUGCCAAUUCUUGCUGUCCUUCGCCCUGCCACUGGGCGUCAUCGCUGUGGCCUACAGCGGGAUCUACAUGUUCCUGUGGCGGAGUCGGAGGGACAGCCGAGCGCCCCAGGUGGAGCGAUACCAACGGAAAGUGACCCAGACUUCGGCCCUGCUGGUGCUGGCCUUUACCCUGUGCUGGUUGCCCUCCUACGUCCUAACCUUUGCCCUCCUGGGUGGAGGCAGCCAUGGGGCCACGGGGUCAUCACCCCGCUUCGGGCCCUUCAGCGUGUUCGCCCGCAUCACGGCCACCUCCUCUACCGUGGCCAACCCCAUCCUCUACGUCCUCAUGUCCCAGAAGUUCAGACAGGACCUGCUGGAGCUGGGUCGCAGAGGUGCCAUGGGUGGGGGUCAGUAACCGUGACAACAGACAACUAUACAAGACUUGUGGACAUGUAUCUAAAUCUCUAAGGUUAAGCUGUGUGUCCAUGACAAACUGGAUGUGGGUUGAAC